AUGUACCGCUUGAUCUACAUCUUCCUGCUCAUCAGCACUGCGCGUUCCUUGAACAUUGUGAUAUAUCUAUCACUUGUUGGCAAAAGUCAUGUGGAUUUCACAUCAGCGCUAAUUAAUUCAUUGGUAGAUAGAGGUCAUGAAGUGGACCUUCUUAUCGCACGACAGAACACCCUAGUCACAUCAAAUGGAACGCACAAGGCCAGCAAAGUUUCCACCUUCUCAUUCCCUGGUCAAAGUCCAUGGAUAGACGUGGAGCACUUAAAGACACCAUUUGAUCUACAGAGAAGGAAACCACAGAUGUUUCUGGAAUACGUUCGGAUCGCUUCACAGCUGUGCAGAUAUGGUUUGGCGUCGGGCGAGCCUGCAAGUUUCUUACGCCGAAAGAAAUACGACAUUGGUAUUACAUCUGACUACGAUUUCUGUGGUUACAUACUGUUCCAUCAGGCCGGUAUUAAUACCGUAGCCUCAUUCACCGCAACCAAUUUACUAUCACAUCAGGCGUUUUCCUUGGGACUGCCCAGUCCUGCAAGUUGCGUAACUGGGAAUUUUGAUCUUUCAUCGGGCAGUCAUCGUCCUGGUAUCUUUGAAAGGGCAACACGUCUCCUGAAAGCCAUGAGAUUCGUAUUUGUUGAGAGACCGGAGUAUGAAGAACUUGGCGACGCACUCAUUCGCGAGUUUUUCGGCAAAGGAUUUCCAACCAUUGGCGAACUUCUCCACAAUUCUGACCUAGUUUUUGUCAACACCGAUGAAAUUAUCGAGAAGCCACGUCCAUUGUCGCAUAAAGUCAAAUAUAUUGGAGGUAUCGCAUUAUCAGAACCCAAACCUCUUACAAAGGAUAUGAGAAAUCUGCUUGGUAAUUAUACGAAGAACGUGGUAUUCUCAUUUGGAACACAGGUACCCACCGAGAACAUUCCCCUUCAUAUAAGAAAAAUGUUUGUCGAAGCAUUUGCUCAUUUCCCGAAUGUCAACUUUUUGUGGGCGUAUAAAUUACAAGGCGAUGAAGGAAACAUGUUCGCCACCGUCCCCAACGUAAAACUCGUUGAGUGGCUACCGCAAACGGAUCUUUUGAAUGAUCCUCAAGUGGUCGGAUUCAUUUCGCAUAUGGGUUUAAACUCAUUCCUGGAAGCAUCAAGAGCCGGAGUACCGAUCAUUGCUAUUCCUCUGUUUGCAGAUCAAACUCACAACGCUCACAUCGGUGCCUACCGUGGAACAACGAUUGUCGUGAAGCCACAGUUACUCAGCAGUGAUAAUUUGAAAAAUGCCCUAAAGAAACUAUUAAAUGAGAAAAGUUAUAUGGAAAACGCCAAGCAACUUUCACUGAUGAUGAGAACAAAGCCGGAGAAUGGCCGUGACCAAUUUGUGCAGUGGAUCGAAUUCGCCGCAGCCAACAAAAAUCUACACAGGAUCCUCAAUCUUCCCGGACACGACAUUGGUGUAUUGGAGUACUAUUGUAUCGAUUGUAUACUGCUACUUCUUUUCAUGUGUUCUAUUGCAUCCAUUAUCGUGUGGAAAAUAAUAUCCUUAAUAAUUUUCGAACAAUUUUUAAAAUAG